UAUUUAAGGACCCGACAGUUGAGAGAGAAAGAACACAUCCAGGAACAACGAACCACCUCCAUUCUCACAGGAUCAUCCAGGAACAGGAAGCGGAGCAAAGAUGAUGAAAGCAUCGCUGUCACUACUGCUGGUGCUCGUGGCCGGGUCUUGUACGUUAUACAUCCCAAAGUCGGGCAAUAGGAUCCCUCAGACUCUGUCCAGAGGUUGGGGUGACCAGCUGAUCUGGGCUCAGACUUACGAAGAAGGUCUCUACUGGGCUCGGUCAAGAAACAAGCCCUUGAUGGUGAUCUUUCACCUGGAAGACAGUCCACACUGCCUGGCGUUCAAGAAAGUCUUUGCAGAGAACGAUAACAUCCAAAGAAUCUUGGAUGAGGACUUUAUUGUGAUCAACCUGAUGUAUGAAACCACGGACGAACACCUCUCUCCGGAUGGACAUUACGUUCCCAGAAUCAUUUUUGUUGACCCAUCCACGACAGUGAGGAAUGACAUUACUGGUCAAUAUAGCAACCGACUGUAUGCCUACGAACCACAAGACCUCGACCUUUUGAUCAGCAACAUGGAGAAGGCCAAGAAACUCCUCCAGUCGGAGCUGUCAGCCUGAGGACCACACACAGGUUCCUCUGGAGACGCCGUCAGCAUCAGCUAUUGAGCUAUCUUCAUCAGCUAUCUUCCUUUUUAUAUUCUAUGGUAUUUCAAGUUAAUUUGGAUGGAUGAAUGUUUUUGUUUGCCAUGUUUCCCAAAGCACAGAGUCUCUUUAAUGAUAAUUUUUAUUUUUUUUAAAAGGUGUAAUAUUGUGACAAAAAAAAGCAAAUAUUAUAUGUACGUUUUGGAAAACUGGUUUAGUUAUGAAAUGAUGGAAAUAAAGUAUGAUGGCAAUACGA